GGCUUCGUGGCCACACUCACGCUGAUCCCGGCCUUCAAGGACCGCUUCCUCGCGGCGAGGCUCUUCGGCGAAGACCUCAACAAGGCCUCGCGGAGGCCCAUCCCCGAGGCGCAGGGCGUGAUCAGCGGGGUGGUCUUCUUGAUCAUCCUCUUCUGCUUCAUCCCCGUGCCCUUCCUGAGGUGCUUUGUGGAGGAGCAGUGCACGGCCUUCCCGCACGACGAGUUCGUGGAGCUCAUUGGCUCCCUCCUUGCCAUCUGCUGCAUGAUUUUCCUGGGCUUUGCUGAUGACGUUCUGAACUUGCGCUGGCGCCACAAGCUCCUUCUUCCUACCAUGGCUUCCCUCCCGCUGCUCAUGGUUUACUUCACCAACUUUGGGAACACAACCAUUGUGGUGCCUAAACCCUUCCGGGUGCUACUGGGCAUGCACUUGGACCUGGGUAUCUUCUACUACGUGUACAUGGGCAUGCUAGCCGUGUUCUGCACUAACGCCAUCAACAUUCUUGCUGGAAUUAAUGGGAUUGAAGCAGGACAGUCUCUGGUGAUUGCCGCUUCCAUUAUCAUAUUCAACAUUGUAGAGUUAAAUGGGGAUUAUCGAGAUGAUCACAUUUUUUCUCUCUACUUCAUGAUUCCCUUUUUUUUUACCACGCUGGGGCUGUUUUACCACAACUGGUACCCAUCCCGAGUCUUUGUUGGGGACACCUUCUGCUACUUUGCUGGCAUGACCUUCGCUGUGGUGGGGAUCUUAGGGCACUUCAGUAAAACAAUGCUGCUUUUUUUCAUCCCACAAGUGCUCAACUUCCUCUACUCAUUGCCUCAGCUCUUCCACAUCAUUCCUUGUCCCCGCCACCGGCUGCCCAGGCUCAAUCCUAGUACAGGGAAGUUGGAGAUGAGCUAUUCCAAAUUCAAAACUAAGAGCCUCUCAGCCCUGGGAACAUACAUUCUGAAGGCCGUAAAGAUCUUGCACAUAGUAGAUGUGAGGAGUGGAAUGGAUGAAGAUGGCGAAUACACCGAGUGCAAUAAUAUGACACUUAUUAACUUUGUUAUAAAGCUGACUGGACCCACCCACGAGCGAAUUCUCACUCUCCUGUUGCUACUCAUCCAGGUCCUGGGCAGCACAAUUGCAUUUUCAAUCCGAUACCAGCUAGUGCGCUUGUUCUACGAUGUCUGAUUGGGUUGCCAGGAGCAGGGGAAAGAUUUGCACCUUCCAGUCGCUCUUUUACUUUCUCCGACUGCUGACCAAACGUUUAGAAUGAUCUUAUACUGGCCCUGUGAGAACCUCAGGACUCCUUUUAAGAUGCAAGCAACGACUCUGCACCGGCCAGUCUUGAACCGUGAUCUUGUUUUUGUGCACAAGAAGGUGUUUGUCUGAUUCUGCUGACAGAAGAGAUUCAAUGCUACUUGAAUAUCAUUGUUAUUGGGAAUACCUUCCAUAGGGGAACAUACAUGACCCAGAUCAUCUACUCAGAGUACUUAGGGAAAGUGGAAGAGAUGAAAGCUCUAUAUAGAAAUAAGCAUGUUACUAUUCCCUGAAAGAUAAAACAGCAACUUCAGUUUCUGUGGGACUCUGUAUAGCAGAACAAGUAAACCAGAAUCCCCUCUUGUCUAUGCCAGUCCUAUCUUUGGUCCAUGAACAUAGAAUAACGUGCUAUAAGUCAUACCCAAAACUCAGAGCACUCUGAGAAUAAAAUAACUUAUGGUACGGUUUCCCCUUCAGUGCUUUGUCACAGGAAGAAUACUGACAUACAGGGAAACCAGAUGGCGUGAUACGUUCCUGUGGGUUUUGCCCUGCUGGGGGCUGUUAAUUUCUACAGUAGACUGCCUCCUUUUUCACAGCAACUGGGAAUAUUCCAGGCUCUUUUUUUAGAGGGCUUUAACUUCUGAACGGCUUUAUCAUCUGUCUUCCUUCCUGGAGUAGGACACUUCUAAGGCUAGCAGAGUAAGGGUCUCCAUGUCCUUUCAUCGCACAGGGACAUCAAUAAAGCCUUGUAUUAAUCUGGGACCGAGAUCCUGCAGGCUGCAGUUAUUUACACGUAUAGCAUUUUCUGGCAUCAUAGUUCACCACAGAAUUGCUGCCUACCUGACAGAACAACACAUGAGAACCACUGGAGCCUCAGCAGUAGGUUAAAGAUUCUGCACGAGACUGAUGGGAAUGAAAAGCAGAACAAUACAACUACAAAGAUACGGACACCGAGAUGGGUGACAUUAAAAGUUGCCAAAUCUGGUAGCCUAAUAGAUACAAGGUCGCUGCAUCUCGAUGGCCCCAGGUCCAGCCAGUAGCGAGGCUAAGAAUGAGUUCCCAGUAGGUACAAAUGCAUAUGACCAGCCACACAGAUCAACAAAGCACUCAAACGUGAAAGAUACGAGUAGCCUAAAUCCUCCUGACCAGCUGGUCAGGAUAGCAGUCUGCUAGUAGAAUGUAUUCAUAUAUAUACAUAUGUAUCUACACACACUAUGGAUCCCUUCAGUAGCUGGCCUUAGAUAUUCUGGCCAGUAGCCGGCCCCUGGACUCCUUGGUCUCCCCAGUUGCUGGCAGCAGGGUACGUGAAUCCUUCAGGCCAGCAGCCCCACUCCAGCUGCUUGUAUUCUGACCUCACACACAGACACACACAAGUAGAUCUUUCUGGUAGCUGGUCCAGACUGACGGCCUUCCCAGUAGCUGACUCUUAAGACACCCUCCUCGCCCCGCCUCGAUUUUUCCAGCGGCUGGCUUGGACCCACCUCCAGUAGGUAACUGGCCGACCCUGGUCCCUGUAGUAUCUGAUCCUGGAUACCUGGCUCUGAAGCAUAUUGCUUGCUGGCUAGUGCGACUUGAUGUCCGCUAGCAAUUACACAAUCUGACAUAGCCACUCACCUACAACCUGCACAUACUCCAGUCCCCCCCAGUUGCUGGUACCACAGACUCAUGGGCCUCUUUGGACGGUGGUCCAACUCCAGGUGCUGGCACUUAGACCUCCAUGCAUACACGUGCACACAGAAUAGAGCGUCCCUUCACCGCAAAAAAAGCGAGAAAUGCUUUACUAAGAGGACAGGACAGACCACGGUCUACCAAACCUACCAACCAGCAACAUACGUACGCACAGCAUUCCCCACUUCCUACCUUGUAUUUUCUCGUGCUCCUAUCUCCCAAUCCCCUGUAACGCCUCCCUUCCCGGAUCUUCCGCUAAACAACUCGUAAUAAGUCUCACGCAUUCCCACAAUCCCCUGAAAGGAUCACACAGUAAGCUUUGCACGUUCCCCCAAUGGUCUUUCAUGGUACCCCACUGUGAGCCCCAUACCCCUGCAGGCAGGGACCCUCAGUCUGCGGGCAUCUUGGGAGCGCCCAGCUCACCCCGGAGGUGCCCCUGCCAGAGGGGGCCCAGGCCCUGAGGCCAACCACCUCCCUGGAGGGUCCCAGGAGCAGCCUAGCUAGGGCAGCACCAUGCUGAUGGGGUCACUGGGGUCCCCCACCUGUUGUCGUUCCUCUAGCCCUUUGGGGUACUGUGACUAGCCCUUACAUAACCUAGCAGGCAACACAGUUAAAGCUUGUUAUCUGGCACUGAUCUAGAACUGUUACCUGCAGGCAACGUGCCACAGUCAGAGCUGACCAAAAUAAACCUGAUGUUUCUCCUCUCAGGGGUACUGUCACUCGUGUGUAAAUGCUUUUGCUGCCUCAGGGCUGUCCAGAGGCGCAAGCGGC